AUGAUUACAGUCACACUAUCACCUUCACACCACAACCACUGUAUUAGCCUUGCAACAGCCACAUUGCAGUAUUUCAGUACAACCACCAUUUGCAACCAAAGUAGCAACAUCACAUCACAACCACUGCAACCGCCGUAUCAGCAACAUCACAUACUGGAACUAUCUCUUCAACAGCACCAGCGCACCAGCAACAUCACACUACAAUCACUACAGCAGCAACAUAACAUUGCAACCACCACCCAAGCAACAUCAUAUUGCAACCACCACUCAAGCAACACCACACUGCAACCACCACUCAUGCAACAUCACAUUGAAACCACCACCAAAGCAACAUCACACUGCAACCACCACCCAAGCAACAUAACACUGCAACCACCACCAAAGCAACAUCACACUGCAACCACCACCAAAGCAACAUCACACUGCAACCACCACCCAUACAGCAUCACACUGCAACCACCACCAAAGCAACAUCACACUGCAACCUCCACCAAAGCAACAUCACACUGCAACCACCACCAAAGCAACAUCACACUGCAACCCACCACCAAAGCAACAUCACACUGCAACCACCACCAAAGCAACAUCACACUGCAACCACCACCCAUGCAGCAUCACACUACAACCACCACCGAAGCAACAUCACACUGCAACCACCACCAAAGCAAAAUCACACUGCAACCUCCACCAAGCAACAUCACACUGCAACCAACACCCAUGCAGCAUCACACUGCAACCACCACCCAUGCAGCAUCACACUGCAACCACCACCAAAGCAACAUCACACUGCAACCACCACCAAAGCAACAUCACACUGCAACCACCACCCAAGCAACAUCACACUGCAACCACCACCAAAGCAACAUCACACUGCAACCACCACCCAAAGCAACAUCACACUGCAACCACCACCAAAGCAACAUCACACUGCAACCACCACCAAAGCAACAUCACACUGCAACCACCACCGAAGCAACAUCACACUGCAACCACCACCCAAGCAACAUAACACUGCAACCACCACCAAAGCAACAUCACACUGCAACCACCACCCAUGCAGCAUCACACUGCAACCACCACCCAAGCAACAUCACACUACAACCACCACCGAAGCAGCAUCACACUGCAACCACCACCAAAGCAACAUCACACUGCAACCUCCACCAAAGCAACAUCACACUGCAACCUCCACCAACGCAGCAUCACACUGCAACCACCACAUCCUGUUAA